AUGAAUGCACAUCCGUCUUUCUUCUAUCAUAAGACGGCGGGAUUAUGUAAAUGUCAUGCCAGUAUAAUUGAUAUAGAUACUGACGAGACAGCGGAUGAUAAAAGUCAGAUAUAUGGAUUUUAUCUUCUUGGAUACCAGAGCCUUACGUUUGGAUCUUUUAAAAAAUGGCAUGUGUUACCUACGCAAAGAGACUGCCUCUCGCUAUACCAUCGAGGUUUUGUUGAAGAUGGCGUAUAUUUGAUUUACCCGAUUAACGGAACCGGUGUGGCCACGUGGUGUGAUAUGACGAAUGGGGGAUGGACAGUGAUACAACGUCGUCAGGACGGACAGGAGGACUUCUACAGAACAUGGGACGAGUAUAUGGCUGGAUUCGGAAAUGCGACAGGAGAAUAUUGGCUCGGACUAGAAAAUAUUUAUACACUUACGCAGAGUCCAAGCUCGCUUUAUAUAGAAAUGGAAACAUUUGGAGACGCAACACCUGUGUCAGCGUAUGCAACUUAUUCUUCGUUUACAGUUCACGAUGUCUCAGCUAACUACACAUUGUAUGUAGAUGGAUUCACUGGGAAUUGUGGUGACAGUCUUGGAACACAAUUUUCAACUCUAGACAGAGAUAAUGAUGAAGCCAGUUCAAAAAGCUGCGCUGUUACAUACAGUGGUGCUUGGUGGUAUAAAUCGUGCCAUAUAAGUAAUCUAAACGGCUUGUACUUAUUUGGAAAUUUUUCAUCAACGUCUAGAGGAGUUGUCUGGCGUACCUGUUGGGGGUAUAAUUACUCGGUGAAAAAGGUUGUGAUGAAAACCUUUAAACUGGAAUCGUUUAAAAAGUGGCACAUCUUUCCGAAGCAAAGAGACUGUCUCGCGCUUUACAAAAAUGGUUUUGUCGAAGAUGGCGUAUAUCUCAUAUAUCCCGUUAUCGGGAUUGGUGUGACCACGUGGUGUGAUAUGACUAAUGGAGGAUGGACAGUGAUACAACGUCGUCUAGACGGACAGGAGGAUUUCUACAGAACAUGGGAUGAGUAUGUAACAGGAUUUGGGAACGAAACUGGGGAAUAUUGGCUCGGACUAGAAAGUAUUCAUCUACUAACGCAAAGUCCAAGCUCACUAUAUAUAGAAAUGGAGUCAUUUGGAGAUAUAACACCUACAUCGGCAUAUGCAGUUUAUUCCUCAUUUACAAUAGCGGGCGGCACAACAAAUUACACUAUGUUUGUAGAUGGAUUUACUGGGAAUUGUGGUGACAGUCUAAUAUAUCAUAAUGGAAAACAAUUCACAACAAUAGAUCGAGAUAACGACGACUAUCAUUUAAACUGUGCCGUUCUAUUCAGCGGUGCUUGGUGGCACAAUACCUGCCAUACUAGCAAUCUAAAUGGCUUGUACUUCCCUGAAGGAAAUCAUUCUUCUUUUGCUAAAGGCAUCAACUGGUAUUCCUGCUGGGGCCAUGAUUACUCUUUGAAAUCAACGGUGGUGAAAAUAAGACAGUUGGCUUAA